UCAGUUCUGCCCCCCUGUGGGUAAAGUAACCACCGCACGGGAGUUAGUCUGCUACCACCAAGGUUAGUCAUUAACCUUGUCUUCUCAGGCGCUCAGGGCACCGGAGAAAGCGGACGGCACUCUGCUGUCCGAGGCAUGCUGCCGCUCAGUCGUCACAUCUCACCAUGGCCGACCGGAACCACUGCGCGCGCGACCGGGCUUUGUCCUUAGAGGACGGCGUCACUGUCGUGUUUCACAAAGUGGACAGCCAUGGCACGAACAGCGGAGACGACGACGACGACGACGAGGAUGAACGCACAGCAGCGAGGAUCCGCGUGUCGUGCGACCGCAUCGACGAUGCUGAGGAAGCGAGAGGAGGCGAGCGCUCGCCGGAAGGCAGCGAGAGGAAAACGCUCUGCCCGCCGACGUUUUGCGUCAGAAGCAGGCGCGCAGCCCGAGAAGGAAACGCGGAUGAAGACUCAGAGAAACCACAGACAUGUCCAGGUCUUGGUUUGUUAUAUGCUUUGCUGUCCACAGUUUUCUUCUCCAUCAUUGCGCUCUUGGUGAAAUCCAUCAAGGGGGUCCAUGCCAUAGAGAUCAGCGCCAUACGCUGCUUUUUUCAGAUGCUCUUUACUAUUCCGUUACUCAUCUACCACAAGACAGGUUUCCUUGGUCCCAGAGACAAACGUAUCUAUCUGGUGCUUCGAGGUUUCAUUGGUUCCAAUGCCAUGAUCCUGCUCUACUAUGCUGUUCAGCAGAUGCCGCUCGCAGAUGCCACAGUCAUCAUGUUCAGUAAUCCGGUCUUCACCUCCCUCCUGGCCUGGAUCUUCCUGAAGGAGAGGUGUACAAUCUGGGACUGCGUCUUCACUGUUUUUACCAUCAGUGGAGUCCUCCUCAUAGCCCGACCACCAUUCCUCUUUGGCGAGCAUCGGCGUGGCAUUGAGGGCAACUACGCUAACCACAUCAAGGGGACUAUCGCCGCCUUUGCAGGAGCUGUUGGGGCUGCUUUUACAUUUGUUGUCCUUCGCAAGAUGGGAAGGAGCGUCCAUUACUACCUCUCUGUCUGGUACUACGCUGUCAUCGGUUUAAUCGAGUGCAUCAUCACUGUAUCCAUCCUUGGGGAGUGGAAGAUCCCGUACUGUGGCCGUGAUCGCUGGCUGCUGAUGCUGAUUGCUGUCCUCGGUAUUGCCGGCCAGACCUUCCUCACAAAGGCCCUGCAGAUUGAGAAGGCCGCACCUGUGGCCCUGAUGAGGACUAUCGAUGUGGUGUUGGCAUUCAUUUUCCAAUUUAUUUUCUUCAACCGUGCACCGACCAUGUGGAGCCUGGGAGGGGCGCUGUGCGUCGUGGUGAGCACGAGUGGAGUAGCACUUCAGAAGUGGUACAGCAACUCUCGCAAGAGCUGAGAUGGAGAAGCAACAAAGGAUGAUUUGGUAUUAAUAUUUAUACUUUUUACCUUAUUGUAUGUUAUUCUGUAUUGUACUUGUUACUUACAUGGAAACUUGUGAGGAGGUUUAAACUCUUUGAGAGUUAAAAGUAGAAUAGAAAGAUAAUCUAGAGGGGUCAGUUAGGACUUAGGUUAAGUUCAAGGAAUGAAAAACGGUUGCUGCCCCCAAACAAAUCAUGCUCCCUGGAGCCUGAGCAGCUAACUAGUAUUGAACACGCAUUUCAUGUUCUUACCUCAAUAAAAUGUCUAGAACAUAGUGCGGCAGUUUUAUGAAGAAUAUCUGAAGUCCCAUUUCCCAAUCACGUCUGCUUUAACCUGAAUAAAAUAGCCAAAGAGAGAGGUUUAAUGCAUUGGGACCAUUCAUACUGUGUUACAUUACUUGGCAAUAAUUGUACUGAAAGAAAAAAAAGAAUACUACAUAUUUAAUUAUAUUGUGGUACGCACUAGGCACUAACAAGUGAGUAUCUGCAAAACAAUACUAAUUAUGCUGACAAUACAACCAGGAUCACUCUGUCAUUAAGAAAAGGAAAUGUAAUGCAAACCAAAUAAGCAAUAUUAGCACUUCAAUACACCGUUUUGUUUAGCAAACACAACUGUGUAUUUGAAAGACAACUACAACAAUAAAAUAGGAAUAUAAAAUCCUAAAAUUGGUUCCAAGUUUUAACUUAAAUAGCUGUAGAAUUCACUCAGGGAUCUCUCGCCUAAUUGCUUGUAAUGCCCACAUAUGAACUUACAUCCACCCUAAUCCAAUCCAUGACGAAUUGAAUCCUUUGUGAUUUUAUUUUUCUUGUCACCCCCGUCUCUAUUAUAUAACGAGAUCAUCCAAUCCACAGUUAUCUUUGAAGUGCCUUAAGCAGGGAACUUUAACCUCAGUGGAGCUGCUCAGAUACCAGCAACUUGUUCUGGGCAGCUCUCAAGUGUGAUUGCGCAUAGUUAUGAAUAUGAAGUAGGAUGCUUUUGAAAAAAGUCAACUCAAUAACUAAGGAUUAUUACAAUGAAAGAACCACUCUAACAGCAUUUUUAAUGAGGCACCUAAGGCAUGACUGCUUUCCCCACACUGAUUUCUUCAUUAUCUCAGGAGGAGUGAACUCUAUCAUGUUGGCUCGGACUUCAUGUCCGAUGACUUAAAGCAUCUAAUUAGUGUUCUCAGCAGUCUGAAAAUAUAUUUUCCACGAGGCUCAAAGCGAGUUGUUGUUUUGCACUUGUCGUUGAGGAUAAGAAAAGUGUCAGUAACCUGCCACAAUAAUUCAACACAUGAAAUGAGAACACGAGAAUCGCUCGAUGAUAACCUCCUCUUCCCAGAGAGGAAAUGUGAGAGAUGAAACAACAUAAAAACAUUGCAGGUUGAUUUAAUAUGAACAUACCCGGCAGCGGUCGGUUGAAUACUGAAACGUCGCGAAACAGUCACACUUUGUCCCCAAAGUGUAAAGCUGAUGUUUUUGUUUCUGUGAUAGCUCCAGUGACUCAAAACAGCCAUCUGUAGAGGAUGUCUGUUGUCACCUCCUGUCCGUCAUCCAUGAGUGGGUUAGUUGGAUCUGGCUGAGAAAUAACAAGUGAGACUUAAAAAGCAGUCUUAAAAUGUAUUGCAUUAUAUUUCAAUAUUUCAAAAGAAAGAUAGGUUGUGUUAAAUGCACCGUUGUGUUUUCCUUUUUAUGUCAAGGGAUGUGGGUUUCUAGCAUUGCAGCCGGUGUUUGUGUCUGGUGUAAAUCAUCCAGUAUUUGUAGCAUUUAGCAUGACUGGUGAGGUCCCAGUUCAACGGCAGUCGUGUGUUGUGGGAAUGUUUAAUUGGGUGAAAUACAGCUACAACCUGCUAGGCUGCUAUUUAACUGUCAGCACAGCUGCAUCAUCACACUUUUAUAGCCUCCGUUUGUAGUUUUUUCAUCUUCUAAUUCUCUUUAAUAAGUGAAACCGAUUCCAAGAGGUAUAUUUAGAUUUACAAUGAACGUCUCUGUGCUGGAGAAAGCACUCUCUUAUUUGCUGUGGUUGUUAUGAUUACGACCGAUAUUAUAUUUUAUUACCAAUACCAGUUAUGCAUAUAAAUAUAAAUCAGUUCAUGACAUUCUCAUCCUACCUAUUAGCUUUAAAGAGUUGGAUAUAGUGAAAUGAUUCAUUUGGAUAUGAUUAAUCUUUUAAGUGAUGAACAGUGACAUUCAAAGUGUGAAAAGGAGAAACUCACACGUGAUCCCAUAUUCUACUUCAGUGUGGAGGAAAAAGAGUAAAGACACUGACAUUCAAACAAAUCAUUGUUCAUAGUACUGUAGACUCUUAUGGUCGCAUAAGAUGUUGAGAUGCUAAUUUUACAUUUUUCUUUUUUGAUUCGUUUUGAUAUUAGGUAAAACAGAGUUUUACCUCAGAAAAUUCAUUUGAUUAACUUGAAUGCUAGUAGCUUAAGCAUAAUGUGUUGUAUUUCCAUCAAAUGGUAAACAAAAACAAGUUAUUUCAAGACCAUCAAGCCUUACAAAAAUAAGCUGCUAUGGGGUUUUUAAACUAUGCUUUAAUAGUGUUUAUUUGUCUAUUUCUGUAAUGUAUUACAUCAACAUAUUCUAUAAGAUGUAUAUAUUUCUGCAUAGUGAUUAUAUUUAGUAUACUAUGAUUUGAUAAUAAAUUCGGUAUGAAUAUGAAUGUGAAUGUCUGGUCUUGACCUUUCUGCUGUCAAACUUGUGCAGACAGGUUUCUUUUUCAUAAUCACUUGACAUCAUGCUUCAUUCUAUCUCUCCUAUGACUGAAACUUGUGGAACACACCUAAACUGAGUUGAGGCAUUGCCUGGACAUCAUUGUCCCCGAAGCCUGUGGUGUCACCGCGGUGGACAAUGGAGUCAAACUACUGAGUCAGGUAGCUGUUGACAGGAGGGCUCAGAUCAGAACAGUACCUGGCUGAGUGGAUUGUAGUCAUUGUGUGUACGCGUGCAUGCAGGUUAUUGGUC